CUUCCAUUCUUAAAAGCUAUAAUAUCAAUUGAUUCUCUUGAAGAUCCAGUUGGUAAAUCUCUAUAUCUUGAAGCAUUUCAAAAAAAUAUCCACCUAUAUGAAUUUACACAAAUUGAGAAGUUUGGUCAGCAACAUUUUAGGAAGCAUGUUCCACCUCAACCCGAUGAUUUAUUUAUAAUCAUGUAUACUUCAGGGACGACUGAUAUACCUAAAGGUGUAAUGAUAAGUCAUAGAAAUUUCGUAGCAACAAUGUGUUUGCCUGUUGACUAUCCUGAAGAGCCUCCAGGGUCUCGAAUAAUCUCUCAUCUGCCUUUGGCUCAUGUAUAUGCUCUCAAAGCAGAAUACUCAGCAAUAAUGCGUGGUAUCUCAAUUGGUUAUUUUAGUGGAGAUCAAAAUCGAUUAUUUGAGGAUAUUCGAGUUUUACAACCUAUGUCAUUCCCGAGUGUACCUAAAAUAUUUAACAAAUUAUAUAAAAACUUAAGAGCCGUUACAAUUGAUGCGGCUGGUGAAGAGGGAGAAAUAGCAAGGCGUUUGUAUCAGAAAAAGUUGGAGCAUUUUAAAAAAACUGGCGAGUUGAAAUAUGAGGAAUGGGACAAAUUUGCAGAAAAAAAGAUUGGCAAGAUCUUUGGUCCAAAUAUGAGGCGUUUGUUUAGCGCUGCAGCACCAUUAAGUGAUGAUGUUGUGGAGUUUUUAAGAAUAGCUCUUGGUGUUAUUUUUGAUAGAGGAUAUGGGCAAACAGAAUCUACAGGAUCAGGGGCAAGAGUCUUAGUUGGUGAUCUCUCAACAUCUCAUGUAGGAGCACCAGCACCAAGUCUUGAAAUCAAACUUGUAGACGUUCCAUCCUUAGAUUAUUACAGUACUGAUAAACCAAAUCCAAGAGGUGAAAUUUGUCUUAGAGGUGCAUCAAUUAUGAAAGGUUAUUUCAAAGAUGAAAGAAGAACAAAGGAAACUAUUGAUGAGGAGGGAUGGUUACAUACAGGAGAUAUUGGAGAGUUUGAUGACCGUGGUGGUUGUUUAAAAAUUAUUGAUAGAAUUAAAAAUAUAUUUAAACUAUCUCAAGGCGAAUAUAUUGCACCUGAAAAAAUCGCAAUAAUUAUUCCAAAUAAGAUACAUUUUAUUCCAUGGGCAAAUAAAAUUGUUGGAGAUCUGGAUUAUGAAACAUUAGCAAAAAAUAAAGUUAUUAUUAAUGAAUUGUUAAAACAUUUGAAAGAACAUGGAAAAAAUAAUGGGCUCAAAGGAUUUGAACAAGUUAAAGCGAUAUAUUUGGAUACUGAGCCGUUUUCUGUUGAAAAUGGACUCUUAACUUCAACACUCAAAGCUAAAAGAAAUGUAAUAGCACAACAAUACAAAAAAGUGUUUGAUCAAUUAUAUACUAAGAAUUUGGAAAUUAAAUCAAGGCUUUAA